AUGUCAGAAGGAAAUCGAAGAUUAGAUAUAAAUUCACUAAUAUCAAAAACAUCUCAACCAAAAAAUCGCUUUAUUUUAUAUGGUAUAUUAUGUUUAAUUAUAAUUAGUCUUACUGUAACAACUAUUAUAUUUGGUGUUUUAUGGAAAGGUGAAAAAUCUAAAUCGAAUUCUAUAUAUGCAGUUGCAAAAGGUACUAUUGGUUUUCCUAAUCGUUUACCUGAUGAUGGAGAAUAUAUCCAAUGGACAGUAUUACAAUUAAAUGAUGUUUAUGAAAUGUUACCAUUAGAUGAAGGAAGAAAAGGUGGUUUAGCUCGUGUUGCUCGUGUUCGACAAUUAUUAUUAGAAGAAAAUGUUCAUACAUAUACAAUAUUAUCAGGUGAUUUUCUUUCACCAUCAGCAUUAAGUCAAUCAAUAAUUAAUGGAACAACAUUAAAUGGUCGACAAAUGAUUGCAUCUAUGAAUACAUUAGGCAUCGAUUAUGUUGCAUUUGGUAAUCAUGAAUUUGAUUUAAAUGAAACUGAACUUAUUUCACGAAUGAAAGAAUCAACAUUUACAUGGAUUGCUUCCAAUGUAUUUCAACCAAAUAAUGAUCAACCAUUUUCAUCAAGUAUUAAAUAUAAAAUUUUAACAAUUAAAAAUAUUCAAAUACUUUUUAUUGGUUUAACAAUUGAUGUUGAUAAAUCAUAUGUUAGAAUAAUUAAUCAAACAUCACUUAUUCCAUUUGUUCAACAAUUUCUUAAAAAUAUAUCUCAUAUUAAAUAUGAUGUUUUAAUUGCAUUAACACAUGUUGAUUUAGCAACAGAUAUAAAAUUAUCAGAAAAUAUUCCUGAAAUUGAUUUAAUUUUAGGUGGACAUGAACAUGAAGAUUAUUUUUUAGCUCGAGGUUCAAAUUAUAUUCCAAUAACAAAAGCGGAUACAAAUGCAUAUACUGUUUAUAUUCAUCGAUGUGCUUUUAAUAUCAAUACAAAACGUUUUCGUGUUUAUAGAACAUUAACAGAAAUAACUCCUGAAUUAGAAGAUGAACAAAAAGACAGCUGA